CGGCUCGCCUCGAUUUUCUCCUGCGAACGCGUGGACCACGCGAAGUCAAGAAACCGGCGCCGGGCGGGGAGCGGGGGGCGACGGGCUAUUUCUGCCGACUUUUGCCGCCAGCGCCCCCAGCCCCUAUCACCACGCCGUGAUGAGGCUCUUCCACGGCGUUGAGCUCCAACUUUUCUGAGUCCCCCCCCCGGAGCGGGAAUAGCGUAGCAAAAUCAGCCGUUGGGGUGAGCAGUAGUGGGGUGUGGACGUUUUCCCUGUUGAAGGAAACCUUCUCGUAACGUCCCAAGAUUCUCUGCUGCUGGCUCUGCUUCCAAGCGGCUUGUCCUUCUCUAUGAAUUUUACGUAGAUGUUAAAAAGAACCAGGUCUUUUUACUGUAAAUCCAGGUCAUGCGGGAUCGACGACGAGAUGCUUCCUUGUUUUUAUGAAGUGUGUUUUCAGAAAACAUUGGCUCUGAAAGAGUCCAGAAAGAAGUAAAUCAAGUUGGUGCAUAGUGAGUCAUUGGCUCAGCUUGAAAGUGCUUUCAUGACUUGACACUGGGCCCACAGUCACCCUACAUUCCCUGCAGCCAAGCAAUCUGCAGCUGAGCGAUGGGCCAAAAAAUCUCAGGGAGCAUAAAGUCUGUGGAUGUUCGGGAUCCCCCUUAUAGACCAGUUAAACGAGAACUGAGGGGACCAGAUUUCUGCAAGCCUGCACGAUUGGAUAUGUUGCUGGAUAUGCCCCCAGCCCACUUGGAGGUCCAGUACAAACAUGCUUGGAACAAUGAAGAUCGAUCCUUAAAUAUAUUUGUGAAGGAAGAUGACAGAUUAACCUUUCAUAGACACCCGGUUGCCCAAAGCACAGAUUGCAUCAGAGGAAAAGUUGGCUAUACAAGGGGACUGCAUGUUUGGCAGAUUCACUGGCCCACCAGGCAACGAGGAACACAUGCUGUAGUUGGGGUCUCAACAGCAGAAGCUCCUUUGCAUUCUGUAGGAUAUACAUCAUUGGUUGGUAGCAAUAGUGAAUCAUGGGGCUGGGACCUUGGACGGAACAAACUUUAUCACAACUGCAAAAACCAGCCUGGAGUGACCUAUCCUGUGUUUUUGGAACCAGAUGAGUCUUUUGUACUUCCAGAUUCCUUAUUGGUGGUUUUGGAUAUGGAUGAAGGAACCCUUAGCUUCAUCGUGGAUGGACAAUACCUUGGAGUGGCCUUCAGGGGCUUAAAAGGGAAAAAACUGUAUCCUAUAGUCAGUGCGGUGUGGGGGCACUGUGAAAUAACAAUGAGAUAUAUCAACGGGCUUGAUCCUGAACCUCUACCUUUAAUGGAUCUGUGUCGAAGAUCAAUUCGCUUUGCUCUGGGAAGAGAACGCCUGCAUGAUAUAGAAACUCUACCUUUGCCUCAGUCCCUGAAAAAUUAUUUACAAUAUCAGUAAUAUGAUUCUAGAUCUCUAAAUGGUAGAAAUUGUUUACAUCAGAAUAUAAAUCUUCAUGGUGGAUAUUUUGAGUGUUAUUUAAUUUUUUUUUACAUUUUUAAAAAUCAACCAUGGCAGAAGAUUAUGGAGACUACUAAAAAAUGUGAAAAAAAUGAAUUGAUUUAGUUCUUUCUGUAGAAUAAUUGUUGCCUAUACUGUUACGCAGCCUCGUUAUACAAAAUCCAAAGCUUGUUUUCACAAGUAAGAGCCAAAUGUGAAAUGUGUGUUAGGCUAGACCUGAUGUUGGAUGUGUACCAGAUGUGCAAGAGAUGCGAAUAUAACUCCUCAAAGCAGUGUUCAUGCAAGAAUAUUCUUUUGUAUAGGUCACAGUAUCAACAUGUAAAAGAAAUAAUCACUGUUGGUGUUUCUCAAAACUCUGGAAGAUAAUAUGCCAAAUAAUUAGAGUUCUUAUAAUAUCAA